UCAUUUAGCCUUCAAUGUCGAGUAGGCUAGACUUUGAGAUACACUUAAUUUUACAAGUCAAUCACAAAACACAAUUUAGAAGCAUCCAACAACUUAUUACGUAGUUUUGCAUACGUAUCAUAAGUGAUGCAUACCACGUUGUAAUUGGCACAAUCGGAAGUCACCCUAUGUUGGCAAGAAAUUUCAUCAGCUCCACCAUCUUAAAUUCCAUACUUUCAAAUUACAUAAACUAGUACGAAGUUCUUCAUUCCCUCCUCAAGGACAAACAUAGAGAUCUAUAAACACUUUCUAGGCCAACAAAGAAAUAGGAAAGGGUCAGGUUUUCUGUGUAUACCUUGUAGACAAACAUAGAGAUCUACAGGCACUUUCUAAGCUUCCACAGCAAUCUAUACCUUCUAUUCCAAGAUUAGUUUGUUUAUAGUAUUUUACUCCAAAGUAAGAAUAACUUCUCUUCAUCAUCUAUCCAAUCCUGUUUGACAUUUAUUCCCUUAUAUAUCUUUCUUAACAAUGUAGACAGGACAUAUGCUUUCUUGAUUUAACAUAUUAAAAUCACUGUAUUGGUGAGCUAUCCUUCUUAAUGGGAAACUUCCCAGUUUGUUCAUUGAUUUGAAGUUUGAAAUUAUACAAGUCUUUGGUCAUUGUCUAUAUAUACUUCUUGCAAUUACCUCACAACUCACUACCCUGGGUAGGUAUAUACAUAUAUAUGUUAUAAACAUAUUAUAUAUUCUACAAUCAGAAACAAUACAAAGGAUUGAGCCCCUUAUAAAAGCUUAAGCCAAAGCACAUGUCAUUUACCAAAAGCACUAUUUCUUAGUUGAAGCCACGAAAAUUACAGACCAUUACGUACCCACAAGAUUUCAUCAACUUGAUCUAAUCUCCUUUGGUUAUAUUGUACCAAAAAGCAAGCAAGUAUAUAUGAUUAAAGCAAUGAUGAAACGAACCCAGGAGGUGCUGUUGUUUCUGAUUCUGGCUUUGUUCUACAAGGCCACCGGCAUGAAGCCUUGCUCUAAGCCCCCGCAAGUCGACUGUGGCGGCUUUUGUUUGAGCUGGAGACUGGCGGUGGAGGCCAACAAUGUGCGUGGGUGGCGCACCGUGCCAACCCAGUGCUUGCUCCAUCUCGAAACAUACAUGAUUGGAGGACAGUACGACCGCGACAUAGAAUUAAUUGUUGGUGAAAUUAUGAGUUACGUAAACGGAAUCGUUCCCUCGGAUGAUGGCAUGGAUGCAUGGAUCUUGGAUGUGGACGACACUUGCAUAUCCAAUGUCUUAUACUACAAGGGAAAGAGAUACGGGUGUGACCCUUACGAUCCAUCGGGGUUCCAAGCAUGGGCUAUGUCUGGAAAGUGUCCGGCAAUUCCUGCUAUGCUGAGAUUGUUUAGCAACCUGGUGAAUAGGGGGUUUAAGGUUAUUUUGCUUACCGGAAGGGAUGAAGAAACACUUGGUCAAGUCACUAUCGAAAACCUGAAUAAUCAAGGAUUUGUUGAUUAUGAACGGUUGAUUUUGAGGACCGCAGCUUACAAAGGGCAGGGCGCGGUGGCGUACAAGUCAGCGAUUCGGAAGCAACUGGUGGAAGAAGGUUACAGGAUAUGGGGGAAUGUAGGAGAUCAAUGGAGUGAUCUGCACGGAGAUUAUAUAGGCAACCGCACGUUUAAGCUUCCUAAUCCCAUGUACUUUGUUCCUUAAUUACUACUGAAUUACAAUAUGUAUUGCAAUUUGCAUUUCCAGUGGAAUUAACGUGGAGGCCUUAAUUACCCAGUACGACUUCGUCAUUUUUCUUCUUCCAUAGUUUGGCAAGGGAUUUCACAAGUAAGAAAGUACAUGCAGUAAACCAGAAUACGUAAAGGCCAGGUCAUGCUACCAGCAACAAAUUAUAUUCUGAAUAAACCCUGGAAGUUCAAGUAUUUUGAGUACAGCAUUAUCCAUCUUCCAUAUUUCAAGAGAUUUAAUACAAGGUUCUCUCUUUUUUUUCUUUUUUUUUUUAUUGGGGGAGGUUAGCGUACGUUAGUAAGUUAGCAACAUAGUAAGUUAGCACUAUCCCUUCUUUUAAUUGAAGAAGGAAGUAAUACUUUUGGGCUGAUGUGC